GUGGGUUAUUGAUCAGGGGUCAGAGGUCACAUCCUGACGACGUUUCCCACCUGCUGUCCACGAGGUUUCAGACUCACUUUGGGUAAAGAAAGAAAUCAACUUAAUUAACUUCACCAGGAUGAAGGUGAAGAGGCUGCCUGAGAGACAUCAGAGCGACGGUUUCCUGUCCUUCAGCGUGAUGUCACACUGCCGUGGCGUCUCGGUGGAGAGAGGCGGGACCAGUGAAGAACCAGUAUAGAACCACCUGAAAGCUACUUCCACUGGCUUCCACACCAUUUCAGCUCCAGCUGAAUCCAGCUCCAUAAUUUGCUCUUCAUGCUGAUCCAGGAGGAAGACCCCUCUGCCUGACGAGUUUCCUGGUCCGACUAUCAGGCCAUCACAGAACAUUAAGGUCAGAGGUCAACAGGAAGCCUUUUGUCUCCUGAAGCAGUUUCAGUCACAGCUUCCUCCCAGGCCUUGCAGCGAGAGUGGCUGGUGAUGAAGGUGUUCUGCUCUCAGCUUCCUGUCCUCGGGGCCAAUGAUUGGCCCCUCAGGUGAGCUCAGGUGUGAGAUGGGUAAAGGUUUCUGUGCUGAUGGUUAAUAAUCUGUUAAUGAUCUGCUGGACUCUAUCCUGAAGCUCAGAGUUCCUUCAGACGGACGACUGCAGCUCAGAUGGAGGACGACACCAGGGGCCCGGAUUACCUGGAAGAUGGACGGGGCCGGAGGCCGAGCAAGUCCGAUUCUUCCAUAAACCAGCCAAUCAGAGCAGAGAGGGCGGGACUAGACAUGAUUUACACCAUUGAAGACGUCCCACCAUGGUACCUGUGCAUUCUGCUGGGACUACAGCAUUACCUGACAUGUUUCAGUGGCACUGUGGCAGUCCCGUUCCUUCUGGCUGAAGCUAUGUGUGUCGGACGAGACCAAAACACUGUGAGUCAGCUGAUCGGAACCAUCUUCACCACCGUUGGAAUCACCACACUGAUCCAGACCACCGUAGGAGUCAGGCUUCCUUUGUUUCAGGCCAGUGCUUUUGCCUUCCUGAUUCCUGCUCAGGCCAUCCUCAGCCUGGACCGCUGGGCGUGUCCCAGUGAAGAUGUGAUUUAUGGGAACUGGAGUCUUCCCCUCAACACUGCCCAUGUCUGGCACCCUCGGAUCAGAGAGAUUCAGGGAGCCAUCAUCAUAGCGAGUCUGGUGGAAGUUGUGAUUGGUUUGUCUGGAUUACCUGGUCUGCUAUUGGAGUACAUUGGUCCACUCACCAUCACACCAACCGUCUCCCUGAUCGGUCUGUCCGUGUUCACCACCGCUGGAGACCGAGCUGGGGCCCACUGGGGCCUGUCUGCUUUAUGUAUUUUACUGAUUGUGCUGUUUGCUCAGUACCUGAGGACAACAUCACUUCCUGUUCCUGUUUACAGCAGAAGAAAAGGACUGACGUCCACCAGAGUCCAGAUCUUCAAGAUGUUUCCUAUCAUCCUUGCCAUAAUGCUGGUCUGGCUCGUUUGUUACGUUCUGACUUUAACUGACCUGCUUCCUAACGACCCGGACCGCUACGGACACAAAGGACGGACCGACGCUCGUGGGGACAUCAUGGCGUCAGCUCCCUGGUUCAGGAUGCCCUACCCAUGUCAGUGGGGGUUGCCGGUGGUGACUGUUGCCGGUGUGUUGGGGAUGUUGAGUGCCACCAUGGCGGGGAUUGUGGAGUCCAUUGGAGAUUACUACGCCUGCGCCCGUCUGUCGGGCGCCACGCCGCCACCAGUUCAUGCCAUCAACAGGGGGAUCUUCAUUGAGGGAACCUGCUGCAUCAUUGCAGGUCUGCUAGGGACAGGAAAUGGAUCGACCUCCUCCAGUCCCAACAUCGGAGUCCUUGGAAUCACCAAGGUGGGCAGCAGACGGGUGGUGCAGUUUGGAGCUGGGAUCAUGUUCAUCCUGGGAUCGGUUGGGAAGUUCACAGCUCUGUUUGCCUCUCUGCCGGAUCCCAUCCUUGGAGGAAUGUUCUGCACAUUGUUUGGUAUGAUUACAGCUGUGGGUCUAUCAAACCUACAGCUGGUUGAUUUGAACUCUUCCAGAAAUCUUUUUGUUCUCGGGUUCUCAAUGUUUUUCGGCCUCACGCUGCCAGCAUACAUGGACACACAUCCGAAAGCCAUCAGGACAGGUGUUGCAGAACUGGAUCAGAUUCUGACAGUUCUUCUGUCCACUGAGAUGUUCGUUGGAGGUUUUCUGGCUUUUUGUCUCGACAACACAAUACCAGGAACGAGGGAGGAGCGAGGACUUGUGCAGUGGAGCUCCUCAAGCGCCGCGCCCACAUCAGGCCCCGCCCCCUCUUCAGGCUCCUAUGACUUCCCUGUGGGCAUGGGCGUGGUCAGACGGACCCGCUGGCUCCGCCGGUUCCCCAUCUGCCCCACCUUCACAGGUUUUAGGGUGUGCGAGGAAGAUCUGCCCCCGGCAGGGGAGGAGCUAGCGGGACAGGGGGAGGAGCUAGGAGACGCCUCCCUGCCAAGCACCAAGGUGUGACAGUGAUGUCAUCAGGCUGAGCCAAUGAGGUUGAAUUUGAUCAGUUUAAAGCUGCACUUUCUUCCAGAAAAUUGAUCAGAAGGUUCGUCUAUCAAUAUGAUUAUUGAUUAAAUUAUGGCUCCUGCAGCUGGACUCAUGACAGCUUCCCGUUUCCCAUCUGCUGUAGCUCCACCCCCUCCUCACCUUUAGGGUCAGAACUGGGACCAAAUGUUUGGGUCAGAAGUUUGUUAGGUUUUCAAUAAAAUGUA